AUGGCGUCUCAGGCAGCGCUCUCGUCGCGCCAGCGGGCAGUUGCCGUCUGCGGCGUUGUCUACGUGCUGCUUUCGCUCGUCGGUGGUGUGUGGUACCUCCGUCUUCUGGGCCCUAGCUUCGCCAACGACCUCUGGUGGGCCCACUACAACAUCUCGGGCCACCAAGCCUACCUCGUCGACCUUGUCAACCAGCUUCUUUUGACGCAUGACAAUGGCACCGUGGAUCCGUUUGCCGCCGCCGCAGUGCUGCCCAAGACGUACCUCUCGCCCGAGUCGAGCACGCACGUCUUCUCGUCCGACAUUCGAGCGUUCACGCUCGGUCGCCUCACGUCGCUCGAGUAUGCAGUCCCACAGCUUCGCGAUUUGGGCGCGUACUGGGCUCUGCGCAUGAACACGCAACACUGCUGGAUGGACUUUAACAAAACGUUCCAAGUCGCCCACACGCUUGGCCGCCAGCGCCGCUGCGAGCGCUUCUACGCGACCAAUGGCGCCGUCUUCAUCGAGGCCAUGUUGCGCAACCAAAACAUCCCCGACUUUCUCGCGCUCUGGGGGGUCACCGGCCAGCGCUUCAACGUCGCGUACUACCGAGGUCUUGUCGAGACAGCGCGCGGGCAAGCGUUCUGGGCGCAGGUGACCAGCGUGACGACGUCCGUGAUCGACGAGAUUGCGUACUGGAGGUCGUUCAAUGUCUCCCACUUUGCGCUGCAGUGGCAAAACCGGUGGGGACCCUCGAUCACCGAGACGAUCGUGAUGGAAAACGCUUUGGGGAUGCAAAAGCAGAUCAUCCUCAAGGCGCUGGAUCAAGUCACGGGACCGUGGUCGUCCCAGACCAUGCACUGGAUCCCGAUUCAAGAUACCUUCAACGCCCAGGCCAUGAACCGCAGCUUUCUUCAAGGGACGAGCCGGUACUUUGGCGCCAACAACUCGGCGCUCGGCUUGAGCGCAAUUAGCCUCGAGGUGUACCGAGGCAUCGCCGACGCCCAAGGCAACCUCGAAGGCGUCGCUCGAGUCUUUCACGACACGAUUGGACCGUACUUGAGCAUUGACUUGCGUCUGUGCUUGCCCCCCGCCAGUCUCGUUGGCCUCUACAACCACUUUCAACAAGUGGUCAUGGACCACGUGCGAGGCUCGGAAGCAGCCAUGACAGCGUUUCUCGCCCUCCCAGAGACCACCACGUUUUUGCCAACACCGCUGGCGUGGACCAACAUGACGUUCUUCGGCGGCAACCCCAUGUGUUCGUCCGGUGUUCCGACCCCGUUCGUACAGCAGUCGUUUGACUUUUACGAUACAUGCGCGCAGCUCGCACCGCUCUCACUGCGUCUCACGCGACUCUCGAUGUUGUUUGGACUGCUGGUCACGCCACGGACAGCCCUACCAGAUAUUUGCGCCACGACAUCGACACCCAACUGGUGUGCCUUGUCGCCGGCGUCGUCGCUGCUUGCGUCAGUGUCCAUCCCUUCCGAGAUGCUACGGCUGCAACGCGACGCUUUCAACGAUGUCCGAGCCAUGAACGUCGGGCUUGUUCAGUUUGUCGCUGCAGGUAACUCGAGCCAUAUUGCGCUGGACCAUGUGCCGCUGGUCGACUGGCCAUUCUUUGGCCAUCACAUCGUGUUCGAGUGGGCCGCUGGACUCCGUGAAGUGCUCUUCAUCGAGGGUGAUGUCGGCGCCGUCACUGUCGUCUCCAACGCAUACGCGGGUCAGCCGUACAUUACGAGCAACACAUCCUUCGAGACGGCGACGACAGCACUUUUGUACCUUGUGCAAGUCACGACAGGCCUCCUCCUCUUUGUGGGCGUGCUCACAAUGGUGUACGUCACCCUCUUUGCCCGCGGCCGUGUCCUCGGCCUCAACCUCUUUCGGUUCAACCGGUUGGUUGGCGCCGUCUGGAUCGGCCGACCGCUGGUCGUUCUCCGUGGUAUCAGCGCGCUUUUGCUCCUUAGCUCGGCCCAAGUGAGCUUGCAAGUGACGCCAUUGGGCACGACCUUGGCGCCACAUCCCCGCUCCAUCGGCAACGCGAUGGUCAUCGCCGGUGAAGCCACGUGGCUCACGUACGUCAUCAACGACGUGCUUAUCGUGCUGUUACCAAGAGACGUCACGACCCAGUACAGUCCGAGAAGCACCUGUCUUGUCUGGCUGAGCCUGGUUGUUCUGGAAAUGGCGUCGCCCGUGCCGCUCACCAUCACGCUCGACCGACAAUGUGUCGGUAAUGACAUGGACUAUGGUCUUCUCUGCACGAGCGGUGUCAUCUCAGUCGGCAGCUACACCCGACUGCUGACGCUAAUCAGCAUCCACGUCAGUGUCGUCAUUAUCACGGUCGUCGCGAGCCUACUGGGGCGUCGGCGACCGCCAGCGGACGUCGACACGGAGCCGAGUUUGCACUUUUCCAGUGCGACAGCUCUGUUUGCGACGCCAAUGGCGGCAGACUUCGACGGCGCCACGUUUGAUCUCGUGACGUGCGUCCUCUGCGGCUUGGUGCCAGUGUGGUUCCAGUCCGAGUCGUACGUCUUCAACCUGAAGCUCUGGCACUUUGUGGCCGACUGCACCCAGAAAGCGCGCCAUCUCAAGGUCUUUCGUCCGCCAUCCAUCAACGCCUAUACCAUGAUCCACGUUGCGGGGCCGCGAAAAGAAGAGAUCCGUGCAACGCUCAAGAAACCCUCAAAGAUUCUUUGGAUGACCAAGCAACGCUCCAAUCGGCUGGUGGCGUUCUUGGCCUUGGGCCAUACAGUAUUUGCAGUCGUCAGCAGCGUUUCGUACUUUCAAGUCUCGCAGGUCCACCUCGCCAACGACUACUACUGGGCCAACUUUAACGUCACGGGCGCCCACGCGUUUUUCGCCAACUGGCUAAACGAACAGCUCGUGCUCGGUCUCUCCACAACGGCUCUGGAGCUCGACGCACCCAGUAUUACGCUACCGGGAGCUUUUGCAGCCCCCAGCGCCGCGGUCAGCGCCCCCAACAACUACGGCGCGAUGCUGCAGCAUACCCAGCUCACGACUAUCGAGGUUGCCAUUGCCGGCCUCCGGGCCUCGGACGCCUGCAUGGCUCCCUGGAUCUUCUCGCCCUACUGCUUUCUCGAUUUUGAUCGGACGUUCGAGGUCGCCUACUCGACAGCGCGCCAAGCUCGCUGCCACGCCAGCAUGAGAGCCAACGGUGCCGUCUACCUCGAGUCUCUCUUGCGCAAUAUCGACUUCCGCGACUGGACGGCAUGCUGGGGCAGUGCGUUUGAAACCGCGUUCGCUCGGGACCUGCGCGGGUCCGUGGCCGGCCAGAAGUGGCUCGAUAUGGUAUCGGCGAGUCCAUUGCCCCUAUCAGUUGAAGUCACCUACUGGCGCCAACAGGGAGUCGAGCGCUACGACACGCAGUGGCAAAACUACAAGCGGAUCGGCGUCAUGAACAGCUACUCGAUCACGAAUGCCUACGGCGCGUCGCAUCCACUCACUCUCAUGCAGCUCAAUGGCGCCUACCGCGUCGACAGCCAGACAACAUACAAGAUGUACUGGUCCCUCGCCAACGACUUGAGUGCGAUCAUGCGCAAUAGCAGUGGCAUUGGGGGACGCAGUCUCUUGCGGAGCAGCAGUCACUUUGCCUUUCUCAAUACGACGCUCCAAGCCGUGUUGAUAGCGAACGGGACGCUGACGUCGCCGCUCCAAAACGGACUGGAGGUCGUCUCGCAGCGACUGGGGCCGUUUGGUACCGUCGACAUGAUCUACAUGCGUGUGCCCCCACUGAUCGCUUCGUACGGCGGCUCGCUGCUCUGCCCCGAGUUCUCUGCGCCGAAAUCGGUCACGAGUGGCUUCUCCAGCAUGUUGGCGUUCGAUCUCUCAUGCAUCGCGGCCUCUCCGGUUGUGAGCCGGUCGAUCCUGACGUCCCAGAGCUUUAUCGCGUCUGCGAUCCUCUCGGGGCUCAGUGCGGCGACACCUCCCGUCAACAUGUCGCAAGUCUGUGCAUAUGACCCGACAAGCUUGGCGUCGUGCCUCCUCACGCUCCAGCAGUCCCUUGAUUUUAUACAAAUAUACAUGCCAGCGUCCCACGCGCUCCCAGUUCCGUCCACGCACGCGCUCGUUCAGGCACUCGACAUUGAGUUCAUGCUCUACGCCAAGGUCAACGGAUCGCUGCAGCUGCUCCACACCAACGUUCUGGACCCAGCCGACCCUGGAUUUCACUUUUACGGCUGGACGUACCUCUACGACUGGGUGCUCGGUCGGCGCGAAGUUAUUUCGUUCCAAGGCGAUGCAAGUCGUCUCAACCUCUUGAGCGACUACCAGCUCCCGCUUGCGCAGCAAGUCCAGGCAUCGAACCUCGCCGCCAACCUCGUUUUGUAUUUUCGAGCUGGCGUUCAAUAUGUCACGGUCAUGAUGCUCCUCGUUUCGGCGGUUGCCGUUGGCUACAUGCUCCGGUCGCCCACGUGUUUUCAGGGCAGCAAUCUCUUCAAGCUCAACCGCGUCGGCGGUCUUGUCUGGGUCGGCCGACCACUGCUUUUUCUCCGGAGUGCCACGGCCAUCUGCCUUCUCUGCACGAGCGGCGUCGACCUGCACUUCUCGGGCUACCUCAGCUACUUUCAGGUCGAGCCCGCGCCGUGGUACAAGGUACUCCUCGCGGCGUGGGAGGUCUCGUGGUUCGUCGCGGUCGUCGACGACAUCUUGCUUGUCGCGACGCAAGAGUACGCUUCGUACUUUGUCUUCCCCAACCUACUGGUGGUGUGCGCCGUGGUCGCGAUCCUUUCGGGUGUGUCGCCCGUUGCCGUCGCGCUGCACGUCGCACCAAAGUGCGUCUAUGCGGAAAUGGACUUUAACGUCGUCUGCGAGAGUGCCAACAUUGCCAUUGGCGACCCAAGCCGCUUUGGGACGCUCCUCCUCAUCAUGGGCACGAGCCAUAUCGUGAGCUACUCGCUUGCGAAGCGGAUGGUAGGACCUAAGCCGUCGAGCCCCGUGCACUCGCUUUUGCUCUCGCUUGGCGCGCGGUAUCAUUUCAACCACACGGCUCGCAUCGUGCAUGGCGUCUACUACCUGGACCGGGCCUCUGCCGCGCUCAACGGCAUCCUCACGUACAAGCUCGGGUCGACCAUGUUUGCCUUUGACAUCAAGCUCUGGCGCUUCUUCGCAGCGCCGAUACGCAACGCCGUCGACGUACCGGGGCUCGACCAAGCCACGUUAAAUGCGUCGUUUCCGCUUGCAGAGUAGAUAGAAUUCGCUCCGUUUACGGUCUUGAAGGGACUCACUCGAAAAAUUUAUCGUGCCGCCUCGACGUAAAAUGUAAAACUUCAAGUACCCCAC